CUCUCAGCCAUUUGGAUGGAAUUGAUAAAUAUAUGCACAGACUCACAGACUUGGCCCAAAAGCGUUGUGACGAACGGAGCGGAGCAGAAACAAGCCAAGCCAAACCAGGCAACAGUCGCUAGCAGUGGUUUUUGUUUCAAGUUUUUUAUUUGGACUCGCAAUUGGUCGCGUAAUAUGAACUCGGAUCCGGACCCUUGUCGGCCAUCUGUAAUGGCUGUCGCACUCCUGCUACUGGCGCUGAUCUGCUGCAGUGGACAACAGGCCGCAGCCCAAUCCAAUUAUGUGCAGCAUGGCGAUAGUGGAAACUAUACGACUAACGGUCUACCCGAGGAAGCCACACUGGAUGGCAAGGUAACCAAGCUGGAUGACAUUAGCCCAUUAAUCUUUUUAAAUCGGACAAAGGCAGCGCUCAAUUGUGCAGCUGGCUCCAUGCAAGUUGAUCUCAAAUUCAAUGACCCUUUCCAUGGCAUUAUCCAAGCGGACUAUGAUCGCAGCAGUGCUUGUAGGGUUAGCGGCAAAGGCGCCCUUAGCUACCGCCUUGAAUUGCCCCUCAAAGGCUGUGGCACCAUUCAGAAUCCCACACGCGUGUUCACCAACAACAUUAUUGUUCGCUUCCAUGCCAAUCUGGAAAUGGAUGGCGAUGAGAUCAUCACAAUUGUCUGCCGCUAUCCACCGCCUGUGCCUUCACUGCCUCCGGCUCUCCCAGCUCCUAUCCUGAAUCCAAUUGCCACCGGGGCAAUUUUGCAACCGCCAUUGAAAGGCAUCCAGAUACUUAUGAUCAUCUGUGCCAUCAUGUUCCUUACAUUGCUGUUACUGGGACUUGCCGUUUCGUACUACUGCCUGCGCAGUCAGCCCAUUCCCGUAGUGCGACGACUGCCCAUGAGCAUGGGCAGCGGUUCCGAAAUCACUAAACUGAGCGGCAGCAGUGUGGGCAACAUAAGUGCCUUUGAGGGCGUCAAAAUACCACGUGCCCAUGCCGCACUCCAAGCGGUAUACAGCUCCUCGGGCAGCGAGGGAGCUCUAAUUCCAUCCGACUAUCCAAGUGAAUCGCAUUCUGAGAUUGAGGAGAUUGACACCAGAUCAUUGCCGUUCAGCUCCGCGGGUAGCUUCGAGAAUCGGGCCUUCGUUCAGGAGACCUCAAGUAUCUACAGCGAAGAGUUGCCAGCAGCUAAUGCUGUAGUGACCACAGCGGCUAUAACACGUCAUGCCAUACCGAUUCAGGAAGCGGCCGGUUCGCCCAAGUUCGAUGUGCAGGUGCGAGUUAAGAAAUCACCUCCGCCAGUUCCCUCGCCUGUGACCUCUGACACGGAGAGCGUGGCAACAGUGCGUCCAGAUCGUAACAAUCUUUCGACCAUUAUGGAGGGCUACGAGGAUCGCGAAAGCAUUAUGACUAUGGACUCACUGCCACCCCAGGUGGAGACUAUGCAAUCGCAAUUCACCUACAUUCCGGAACUACAUGCAGCACCCAAGCCACCGCCGGUGUUAGUGGCUGAGCCUAAGUUCUCUGUCUACACCCGCACGCAUCAUGAGGUUGUUGAUGGCCGACCGGAGACUUGGUCUGACUACACCGACGGACCGGCUCCUAGCGAGAUCACAGAUCUGUCAUCGGAAGUUCCCGAUAGCCAUGCGAUCGACAUUAAUCGCGCAGUUGACACCAUGCAUUACUAUGAGGACGAAUAUGUGCCCAUAGAGCCAAUGGUGGUGCCCAAGCCGCCGCUGGUCACCUCGCACACGGUUGAUGAUGUUUACCUACGCACGGUUACUGAGAAGAAGACCAUCGAGGACAUCGAAAGCCACAAGCGUCGUGUGACAGAGUACAAGAGCAAACCGAAGGCCAAGGCUCCGUUGCCGCCACCACCACCACCGCCUAUCGAUCCCAAAUUCGAUGUGAAGGUUCGCAACUAUCCCAGCGAACGGGAGCAACUGCAGUGGGAGAACUUCUCGGACAUAUCCAGUGCCUCCGGCUUGACUCUGACGCCUAAAAUGGAGCGCAGUGAGCUGACCCUGCCACCUACUGAACCGCCGGCCCAGAUACAUGACAACAAGCUUAAACUGACAAGCCCCGAGUUAGUGGGCAACAUGAAGCCCAUUGAAGUGCCGCCACAAGACAUGGAUGUGCCCAAUUGGGACGUCCUGAUCCGCAUCCUUGAGGAGCCUGAGAUGUCUGAGGCCGGACCACCAGAUGAUGUCAGUUCAGUGCACAAUAUCAGCUACGACGACAGGGCCAAGUGGAAGGAGAUUAUCACCACACAGUCCUCGUUGCGCACCAUGCUGACCGAAGCGGUGGUGCGUGAAGACUUUGAGCGCAUUCGUCAGGAUACUCGCUACGAGCGUAUGUUUGAGCCACAAACCUGGGAUGUCAUCAUCCGCAUCUUAGCACCACCCAGCGAUGACGAGACCGAUGUGGAAAUGCGCGGCGGCAAUCCUAAGCGGGGCAAGAAGGCACAGCCCCAGCCGUGGGACACACGUUCACGUCGCAGCUCCCUGCCAACUCUCUACGAAUACGACAGUGAUGGUGGCUCUAGUGUGCGCACGAUACGUAACGAUCCCAAUUUGCCAAUACAGAUGACACCUGGCCAGGGACCCUUUGGCCAACAGCGUUCGCGUCGCAGUUCGCGCACCUCAUACCAGACCGAUCACAAUGACUUCCGUUCCAUGUCCGAAGUGACUGUUGACUUUGGAAGGCCUCAGCCGGAUCAUUUCGAUAAUGCAAGCGAUGCCAGCAGCUAUUAUCGCAUGCAGUACUACGACGAUGAGGAUAGGCGCUCCUUCUAUCGCUCGCUCAGUCACCCAUCGCUGGCCCGUUCGGCUAGUGAGUUCACCGAACACUGGACUGCUCCAGAUGACAUUGAGAUCUCCUCGCCAGAGGCCACUCCUCGUGCACAUCGUGCCCGUCAGCCGCUAGCAGCACCUGGCCAGCAAUUGGCCAUGGCCACAGCGCAAUCGGGAGAACGAAUUGUGGCACAAAGCCAAACACAAAGUCAAUAUGUGGAGACCCAUCGAAGUGUCUACCAUGCCGAAAAGGAUUUACCAAUGCCCCCACGAAAAUGGUAGAUGGGUUUGAUUCUAUUGCGUUUCCAAUAACCAGCAACAUACAUAAGAGUCACAUUAUUUUUUAACUGUCGACUAAAAACGACCGGUAUGGGAAGGGCAAGAGCAAACCAACAAUAUUUAUAUGUAAAUCUGAUAUUUAAUUAUGGGUAUUCCCUUGAUCAGUACCCUACUGCACAUUAUAGCUUAUGCUGGGAAUUAUCACAAAGACGACAGAAGCGAUAUCAGUGUAGGUUUUGAUUCUGGUUACCAGAUUCUUCUCCGCAUAAGAUUUAUCAUAGAGUAGAUGAAUACCCCUAAGUGAUUUCAAAAGUAAUCUUAGGUCAUAAAUAUUAAUAUAAAUUAAUAUCCUAAACACAACAAUUAACGAAAGUGCCAAUUACUAUUGCCUGACAUAACAGUUUAGCUAUGAAUCUAUCAGUCGCAGCAAGGUUUGAAGAAGGUCUUGACGACUCAUCGGCUCGGACACCUUUCCGGUUUUCGCUUUCUAUAUAAUUUCCACUUCCAAGACUAUUUUUUUUUUUUUUGCUGAUAUCGUGAAAACCGCAAGGGUGAACGAAUUAUAUUCCAUGUGGAGAAAGUCCGCUGGAUUAUACCCAACAUAGAGCUUUAGUAAAACGAUAUGAUACUAACAAAUUGAAAGCAGAUUUCUUGUGGAUCAAUAUGUAUAUAUUGAUCUGCUUACAUAAAUCUAUUAAUAACUAAGCUGCCUUUAAGCAUUUUAGCCAGGAUCGCCAGGUGGAAUCAAAAAUAUAUACGUAUGUAGAGAAUGUAGACCUUAUAUUUCUGAUUUAAAACAACUAUUUUUUAUGCGAAUCCAAAUUAGCCACAAAGUAACAAGUUUAUAUGUACAUAUAUAUUCAAAGUCCAACGAUCACUCCAAGACCCCGUACUAUAUAUAAUCAUUUCAACUGCCACAGAGAUAGAGAGAGACUCAAAACAAACUUUUAUGCAAAGCACACCAAAAGAUCUUCAAAUCAAAUACAAUACUCCAACUCCAAUCUGGAAAUGGUUAGCAGGUCUUAACUAAAAGUAUUACUACAGAAUAGCUCUAGAUACAGAUCUACAUAGUAGACACAAUGCAUAUCCUAUAUAGACACAAAAUAUGUAUAAACGGUUAUGGGCGCAUUUACAAAAUGCUCUCACAUCGAUUUACAUAUUUUUCUACGUUAUUUAUCAAUCAGAGAACAUUUUAAUGGAUACAUGGUCCAUGUACAUAAAUCGGGCUUCCAGCUUAAAGAAAGCGACUAUUAAUCAAAUUUAUAUAUAUAUAUUUUUUUUUUUGCAACAUCACGGGAAAAAUGAUAAUGUAGUUUGAAUUAUCAUUAAACCUGAUAUUUUUUUUUUCUUCCAUGUAACACAACACUAAUCCGUCCAAGAUAUGUUUGUAUAUACAUACAAUACAUACAUGUAUGGCUUAACGUGCACAAAGAAAAAUGAAAUGCUACAUUUAUCCAAGAGAUCUUAUUAAACUACUUUGUUAAUCGUUAAGAUAAAGCUAACACAGCAAAAUGCGUAGACAUAGUCUAAAAAAAGAGCUCCAUGGAGGACUUAAAAAUAAAUACAAUAC